GAGAGAUCCAAGCUCCCCAGAAGAAGUUUUAAGUCGAGUAUUAUUUCUUAAUCCUUCCAUCCUCGUCCUCUCCAUUGCUUCCAAUAGAAUUCUGUCAAUGGAGGAAUCAUCGUAUUCAAAUCUUAGUACCACUCAUUUGCUCGGCUCAGUUCCCGCUGUUGCCAAUGAAGAAAAGAAGGCCUCGUAUGAAGUUCCUGAAGCGAAUAUGCAAAUUUUUCCUCCAAAUAAUGGAAGUGGAGGGGGUAGUGGUCGAGGUUAUCAAACUCUUGAAGCUCCUAUUGAAGAAUUUGAACAACAGCCAGCGAAUAAUUGGAAGGGAGUUUUUAGUAUCUCAUCAUACACACAGUAUUUUAAUGUGGAUACUGAUAUUGUCAUAUACAGAUUGAUAUGUUCCUUUUAUCCUUCCAUUGGAGAUUUUUUCAGCAAGAUCGAUGCUAACCCUGACCUGUAUGGGCUUAUCUGGAUCACAACAACCUUGAUCUUUAUGCUUGCUUCCUUUGGAAAUUGUGCCACAUACCUUAUGCAAAAGCACAGUGAUGGUACUUCUUCUUGGAGCUUUGAUGUUGGCUAUAUAAAUGCAGCGGCUUCUGGAAUCUAUGGUUAUGCAGUUGUGGUUCCAGUGGCAUUUUACUUCUUGCUUCAGUAUCUGGGUUCAAAUGCUAGCCUUGUACGAUUUUGGUGCAUGUGGGGUUAUUCCCUCUCCGUUUUCAUUCCAACUGCGAUUCUACUGCUUAUUCCAGUUGAGAUCCUUCGAUGGAUCAUUAUACUCAUCGCCGGUACAGCCUCAUCAUGCUUUGUUGCCUUGAAUAUAAGAACUUACAUCGAGGGGCCGAACGAUCUCAAAAUGAUGGUGGUCGCAUCAUUCUUGUUGCAAAUGGCCCUUGCAAUCUUCAUCAAGGUAUGGUUCUUUGCAUAAACCUCACAUCCAAGCAUCGAAAUCCAAACUUUGUUUACGCUGUUUCUGGGAAAUCCGUGAAAAGAAGGUCCAAGUUCGAUCGAGCGAAAUUCCUCAUGAAGAGAAGCUUGUUUGUUUUUGUGGGAUUCAUUAGUUGUUGAGGUGUAGUUUUAGUGAUAAAUUUGAAGCAUUUAACAGGGACAAAUGAUGGUUUUGGAGUGUGGCUGAUGUAAUCGAUCAGGCGUUCUUGGCCUACAACUUUUAGGAGGCCAGCAUAAUCACAACAACUAGAGUAGAUGUUAAUGUAACGAUUACGAAUUCUAAAAACUCACUAAGAUGUACACUUUCGUUGGUCGGUCCGGAUCGCCACAACAUGCCACGUGGUCUGCUUCACUCUAGCUAGACAAUGGUUUUACAUCUUGUACAUU